GUUCAUGAGAGAGUGGGGUGACGAGGAGAAACUCGCAAGGGUGACUGGAGCCGGAAUGCACAAGAAGAAGAUUGAAGGAGUGGCGGCUGGAUGCGCGAGGUGGAAGGCAUGCAAGGUGAGAUUGUAGAAGGAUAUGGGGGUCUUCCCAAGGGACGAAGUUGAGGAUGACUUGAGAUUUGAUGGGACAAAUCUGGAGGAUUUUAUCGACAGUUUACAGCUGGCCGCUGAGAUAGGCGAAUGGAGUGAGGAAGAGAAUAAGAAACAGUUGAUCGCGAGAACAGAGAAGGAUGAGAAGGAGGAAAUAAAGGGGAUCGUGGAAGGGAGUCGAAUUUUGGAGAGAAUAACCGCGGAAAUGGGGAUAGCAUACACCCAGGCGAGACAAGAUCAGUCGAGGAAGGAAAGGUUGCAGGAAAAGGGGUUGUGGAUUAGAAAAGAGAUGGAUGAGCCGCAGGGAAAGGAGACAAAGGUUGAAGAAGAAGAUGAUGUGCCUUUGAAAAGAUUGAGGAACAAGGCAAGGACUGUCCCCGUGAGCAACAGCAGAGGGUCUGACCAGGCAGAGGAAGAUAAACAGAAAGAGGUGGAGGUAGCAGAAAGGAGGAGGAGAAGCCUGGGGGCAAGUGUGGCACAAAGGGAAAGAAAGGUUGAAGAGAAGAGAUCAGUUGAGGUUGCAAAGAAAGGGGCACAUGAAAGAAGGAGUGAGAAGGGAGGAGGAGCAAAGGAGACAGGAGAAGGAAAGAAGCUCCAGGAAGGAGACAGGGCUCCAAGGGUUGUAAGAACGAAGGAAAAAAGGACGAUUGGAAAAGGAAGGGAAAAGGAAAGAGGAGAAGGUGAGGAAGAAGUAAGGCUAAAGGGAAGCAAGGGAGUAGAAGUUGAAACAGGAAAGAGGAGAGUGGAGUGUGGAGAGCCAUCCCAGUUGAGAGAGGAGGUGGAGGAAGGGCAGGUAAGUAAAGAAGAAAAGGCUCAAAAGAAAAGGAAGAGGAAAGAGUGGAGGAACUAUAUGAUCAGGAUGCUGCAGGAUAACGACCUGCCUGUGAACUCCACGUGGGAUGUCAGAUUUGAGAGGAUGCUCCUCUCAAAGCUGGUGGUGAGUUGAAAGCACUCAGAUAACUUACAGAAGAGGAUGGGGCUGCAUGAGAUAUUGGAUGGAAAGUGCACCAGGCUCUUCGAAGAUUAUGCUGAGAUUGC